ACUGACGGCGGGGCGGCCGGAGGGCGGCGCGGGCGGCGGAGCGGCGGGCGGGAGGCCGGAGCUUCUUUAAUGAAGAGUGCCAAAGACUGAAAAACCAAACAUGAGGGUAGCAGGUGCUGCAAAGCUGGUGGUAGCUGUGGCAGUAUUUUUAUUGACGUUUUAUGUUAUUUCUCAAGUAUUUGAAAUAAAAAUGGAUGCAAGUUUAGGAAAUCUGUUUGCAAGGUCAGCGUUGGACCCAGCUACACGUUCUACAAAACCUCCCAGAUACAAAUGUGGGAUCUCGAAAGCUUGUCCUGAGAAGCAUUUUGCUUUUAAAAUGGCAAGCGGAGCAGCCAAUGUGGUGGGACCCAAAAUCUGCCUGGAGGACAACGUUCUAAUGAGCGGUGUUAAGAAUAAUGUUGGAAGAGGGAUCAACGUUGCCCUGGUAAAUGGAAAAACGGGAGAAGUAUUAGACACUAAAUACUUUGACAUGUGGGGAGGAGACGUGGCCCCAUUUAUUGAGUUUCUGAAGUCCAUACAAGAUGGAACAAUCGUCUUAAUGGGAACGUAUGAUGAUGGAGCAACCAAACUCAACGAUGAGGCGCGGCGGCUCAUCGCGGACCUGGGCAGCACGUCCAUUACCACCCUGGGCUUCAGAGACAACUGGGUCUUCUGUGGCGGCAAAGGCAUUAAAACAAAGAGUCCUUUUGAGCAGCACAUAAAGAACAAUAAGGACACAAACAAGUAUGAAGGCUGGCCGGAGGUUGUGGAGAUGGAAGGAUGCAUCCCCCAGAAGCAAGACUGACGCGGAGAAGAUGAGGGGCACGCGCUGUCCCUGCCACUGAGGACCACAGCAGAGAACCCACAUGUACAUAUUUUAAGAGCAUGCAGCCAUCUCGGCGUGUGCACGAGCAUUCUCUUUGGAUACCAUGAUUAUUUAUUGCUAACGUAAAUAGAUACUGUAAAUAGCCAUCAGAAUGGUCAAAUCACUGUACCAUUUCUGAGCACAUUCCUCUAAUAGUACAUCUAGCUGCUAUGGAAAUGACAUCUUUCAAUUCUAAAAGCGUAAUCUAUCGAUAACUGAACAGAUUGAGAAAAAUAUACUGAAAUAUAUACUGGUUGCUGUGAAAAUCUAUCACGGAAUCAUAUGGGCUUAAGGGAGGAGACUUUGUUUUCUUUUAUAUAUAUAUGUAUACUACUUUUUGAUAGUAGUAUCUUUUAAAUUAUAUCUAGCUAGUUGUGUGUGUAGUGUUACUUUACAGUCUGGCUCUCUUGAUGUACCUCUUUUCUUAGUCUUUCUCUUCCCUUUCCAAAAAACCUAAAAAUAAAAUGAUAGGAAAACUUAGAUAUGUGAAAAGCACAAUAAAAUUCUUUUUUUAAUGUACACAGUAACAAAUAAAUAUAUAAAUGCAGAUGGCUUUCAGGACUAGCCUGCUGGGAGACUUGUGUUAGCAAUGUGAGUAACUUGAUUUUGUAUAAGCUAUUCAGAGUGAGGGGGGAGGUGGCACUCCCCAGAAUUGGGGAUCCAGGCCACACCCCUUCCCCAGCCUGAUUGGGCCAUUCAGGACAGCACGUCAGAGCCGCACUGGCAUCUGUUUCUCUUUCCUUGUUAUCAGUGUUGACAAGGUGUUUUGGAACGAGGCAUGCUUUAAUAUCACAAUAAUAUUGAUUUGUAAAUCAAAAAAUUAAUUUUGUGUUUACUUCAUUUAACUUUAUAAUACCAGUUUUUGCCAGAUAUAUAGCAACAUAUUCAGAAAAGACCUAAUUACUGAAUGGACUGAUAUUUACAAAAUAAUUUUAUUGGAUGCAAAACUACUCUACACACAAUUCUAGAUAAAAAUACAGAGAUCUAACUUUUUUUUUUGUUAACUUCAGAUGUUCACUAAUUGACUUAAGUCUUUUGUUUAGGUUAUUAAAUACUAAUUGUGUCUGAAGUAUCUUAAACUGGGACAUAAAAUUAAUGCUCAGACUGCCAUUCACAAUAAAAGACGGCAUUUAAAUUUGAAUCUAAAUUUCAGAUGACUUGUGUAA